CAAUCAUCCAAGUUUCUCACCAGACCUUUUCAUCAUUCUUGAUUUUUUUUUUCGAAGGUUUUUUUUGAAGUUGAGUUCAAAGGCAAGAUACCACAAUGAAUCCCAAGAUGAAAAUUGCUCGGACGGUCCUCGGUGUUAUUGGGAAUAUCACCUCCGGGGCAUUGUUCCUUUCUCCAGUCCCUACAUUUCGUAGGAUUUGGAAGAACAAAUCCACUCUUGAAUAUCACCCUUACCCCUACUUGGCUGGGGUAUUAAACUGUAUAUUUUGGGUGUUAUAUUCCAUGCCAUUCGUCCAUCCACAUAGCACGCUUAUCACAACAAUAAACUCGUUUGGCCUUUUUCUUUAUUUGUGCUAUCUAGCCAUGUUCUUUUACUACACAGAUCCGAAAAUCCCAGCAAAGUCAAAGGAUAGGUUGAAGGUUGUCGUUUUUUUAAUUUUGGAGUUGAUUUUUGCGGGAGCAAUAAGUGCUGUUACUAAAAUAGCAUUCCAUAACCCUGAAUCAAGGACUAAAUUUGUUGGUUCCGUUUGUGUUGUGUUCGGUAUCAUUCUUUAUGGUUCCCCUCUCUCCGUAAUGCGUAAGAUCAUCAAGACCAAGAGUGCGGAAUUCAUGCCGUUUUGGAUCUCUUUAGCCGGUUUCUCCAACGGCAUAGUUUGGUCUGCAUAUGCUUUUCUUCCACUCGAUUUCUUCGUUCUGACUGGUAAUGGAAUUGGUGCCCUAUUGUCGACGAUUCAAUUGAUCCUUCAAUGCAUGUAUCGCAACACUACUCCAAAGAACAAAACAAAGCCAUCUGAAGUGCAGCUCCAGAUUGAUGCAAAUAAAACCCCAGUUUAGAGGUUCCAACUCGGGUUUUCUUCUAAUUUUCGGAAUUGAGUUGUUUUUGUUAGGAUCAAAAUGUUUUCAACUUUAUUAUGAGUUUGGUGCUUUUCCUAUUUCAAAGCGUCAGUUUUAUCACAUUUAAUGAUGCAUUUCAUUUUUCCUUUUUCGUUUCUUGUACGAGUCAAUAAGUUGUGAGAUUUUCUCCCAGAGAAUAAUUAUUCCUGU